GUGUGGCCCCAAUCGACACCCCUAAUCGACACAGGGGGAGGGGGGUCGUUUUACUUUUUCCUAAAUACCGAGGACCAGUCCAGUGUACCCACUGUACCGAGCAUUUCGACUUAACCUUAGGUAAGCAGGAGAUAUCGGACCACCUCCCAACCCCAACCUCAACUGCGCCAACUCGCACACACUUUGGGCUACAGCCAAGCCGACACCCCGCGAAACGUUGCCCCAACCUUAGAUACUCGAUACUCUCUGUUGGUCCUUGCUUCCUGGGUCUCAUCAUCGCGACUAUGAGCUCAACAAUAAAACCAUAUCCAAAGAAGCGAAGGAGUGCACCGAAAGUCAGAACAGGAUGUGGUACCUGCAGGCUUCGAAGAGUGAAAUGCGAUGAAGGCAAGCCAGUCUGCCAGCGGUGCAUCAAAUUCGGGGUCGAGUGUGAUGGCUACCAUCUUAUCCUGAGGUGGAAGCGUGAACUCGUGCCAUCUCAGCCAGCUAUGAAAGUGCCUUCUUCGAGCUCUCUGGCAAAAUCACCAUUUGCCAACAAUGAAGAACACCAAUACUUCGAUCUCUUCUGUGCUCGCACAGGCUAUGACAUCUUUCCCACCUUCGAUUCCGGUUACACACGCCAACGGUUGUUGGAGUCUUGCCAUUUCAAUCCUGCGAUCCGCCAUGCUAUAGUCGCGCUUGGCGCCCUGGACAAGACGGCGGAACUCGUCCAAUCCUUCGACAAAUUGGCUUUAACCCCCAUCGAAAGAGAUGCGGCGGCUAAUGCGCAUCAUCGAAAUGCCCUUAGACAAUAUUCUAAAGCUGUGAAGCACAUGGCGGCUGACGCAUCCGCAAAGAAGGUGGACUUGAGAACUAUGCUACUCACUUGCCUGCUCAUCUUAGCAUUCGAAUCUUGGACUGGAAACAUGGACCUCGCAGUCAAUCAAGUCCAUGCUGGGAUUCGGCUCAUUCAAGAAUGGAGAGAGAAAUAUAAAAACGAUAAGGACAAAUACACACGACUAUCUCCAGCGCCAUAUGUCGUCGAAGACGACUUAAUUCAAAUAUUCUGUCGAUUGGCAGUCCAGCAUUCCUUCUUCGCAGACGGUCACUCCCCAGAGCUCCACGCAGUUCUGGGGAACGAAGGUCCGAGAUUCACACGGUCCAUGCCCGACACCUUCUCGGACAUUUUCGAAGCGGGAACAUACUACAACGGAAUUAUUCGUCGAGGGGUGUACCUAAUCACCACCCACUCGGCCUAUUUAGGGCCUGACGUUCGCAAGGAUUCCGAGAUCUGGCGCUGGGCUAUGAAAGAGCAGGAGGAAAUUCAAGCCGAUGUGUGGCGAUUUAACAAAGCUCUCGAGCCGGUGCUACAGAAGAUAGGCGACGGCCCGCAGAAACACUACGCACUCUUUAUUCAGUUAUCCAUGGCGAUCGGAUACAUUGGAUUAUCGACGCAUCUUUCGGUUGAUGAAUCGAUACAUGACGAAUACAAUCCUGUUUACAAACGAGUCGUGUAUCUCGCGAAAGCGGUGAUGAAAGAGAUGCCGACUGCGAAUAAGACACGCACCUCAAAUUUCUGCUUCGACACGAGAGUUAUUGUCCCACUUUGGGUCGUGGGCCUGAAGUGUCGCGAGCCGUCAAUCCGUAGAGAAGCAAUCAACUUUUUGCUUGCAAAUCCUAGGAGAGAAGGUAUUUGGGAUAGUGUUUUUGCUGGUAAAGUACUACAGUGGGUCAUGGAGGUUGAAGAAGAGUUUAUUGAAGAUGGGAGGGUGCCAGGUUGGGCAAGAGUUGCUGGUGUGAAGUGGAGCGGAGCUGAGUUGGGGGGGAAAAGGGCAGAGUUGGUGUGUUUGCAAAGAGUCUCGGCGGAUGAUGCAACGAUGGCAAGGAGAACGAAGACAAUUACCUGGUGAUCAAUACGAGUACCGAAACCCAAGCAACACAAAUGUGUACUAAUUUGCUAGUCGAUUGUAAGCACAUGCCCAAGCACACUCAGAGGAAAAGAAGUUAGUGAAGAAACAGACUAGCCAGGUUAAAUUCCUUUCACCAUAGGUCCGCAUAAGAUUAAUAAGAGCGCGAUAUGACUAGAAUUUGCAGCAUAACAGAAUAAGAAAUGCCCCUUUUUCCCUGGGUGUACAGUUGCAGAC